AUGUGUGCGCAGGAGAUAGAAAACGAUGACGGCUCCGAAUUCACGAACUGGUGGGAGCCAUUCCCUGCGAAAUCUAUAUUCCAAGCCCAGCGCCCGUUCACUUGGAUCAUCCUUCGCUUUUAUGAGCAGCCAUCUCCCCGUAUCUCCAAUCCUUUUAUCAUUCUCGCACUCCCUCGUCUGCCAUCCCUCAAUGAUCUGAUCUUCGCCUUUGUGUCAACUCUCUUGCAGAUUGCCCAGUAUCUAAUGAAAACUUGGGGCGCAAAGCCGUUCGAUAUGGACGAAAAAGCAAUCAGCCGACCGCCAUCGUCAACCUCGAAAAAGGAUGGAUCUGGCAAUGAGGCGGUUGAGAUUGAUCCCGUCAAAGUAAAGGCCCUGCUUUUUGGAUCGAGUGGUACUGACGGUCGUCGUGCAAUAGUGAAUAUCGGCAAUGCGCGCCUCUACGAUAUGGAAUCGGACCUAGGUCUCGCUGGCAAUCAAUACCAGAUCGCAGUCUCGAUUUUAUUUAUACCUUACUGUCUUCUGGAAGUGCCGUCCAACCUUGUAAUCCGAAAAUUCACAGCGUCUCGCUACAUUUCCUUCAUCGCAGUGUCGUGGGGAAUCAUUGCCACCUUGACGGGAAUUGUUCAAAAUUUCGCCGGUCUGAUAGUAUGCCGCUUCCUCCUAGGAUGUGUGGAAGCUGGCUUAUUCCCUGGCCUGGUUGCCUACAUGACACUGUUCUACGGGAAACGCGAGAUCGCGCUGCGAGUGGGUUAUCUAUUCAGCGCUGCCGCGCUCGCUGGGGCCUGCGGUGGGUUGCUCGCCUACGCCAUUGGCUUCAUGGGCGGAAUUGCCGGGCAAAAGGGAUGGCGCUGGAUCCUAAUCAUCGAGGGCAUCCCUUCAGUCCUCAUCGGUGUUGCGACAUGGUUUGGCCUCGCCGAUGAUCCGGACACUGCUUACUAUCUUAACGCGGAAGAGAGAACCCUCAUGCGGGCUUGCCGCAAUACGGAAAUUGGCCAGACCGACUCGGCGCAGCAGUUCCAUAUCGAGGAUGCCAAAGAGGGUGCAAAAGACUGGACCAUCUGGCUCAUGUGUCUUAGUCAGUUUGGCGUCGACACCGUGUUGUACGGAUAUAGCACAUUCCUGCCCACCAUCAUCAAGGGUAUCGGGACGUGGACGGCCCCGCAGGUGCAGGCGCUGACUAUUCCUUGCUACGCCUUGGGCGCCAUUACUUACCUCGUUAUCGCCUGGUUUAGCGAUCGCAUGCAGCGUCGUGCGGUCUUCACAGUUGCAUUUUGUAUCAUUACUAUCAUCGGCUAUGCGGUGCUGAUGUCAGACAGCAAUUCCGGCGUCCAUUAUUUCGGCUGCUUCCUUGUCGCGGUUGGGUUGUAUGUCUGCGUUGGCCUGCCGCUCGCCUGGCUGCCGACGAAUCUCCCGCGGUUCGGCAAGAGAACGUUCGCGACCGGCCUCCAGCUUACUAUGGGGAAUGUCAGUGGCAUCAUGACGCCGUUCUUGUACGUCACUAAGGACGGCCCACGCUACAUCAAGGGCCAUGCGGUAACCCUUGCUCUUACUGGAUUUUCGGCGGUGAUCUAUACCUUUAUGUGGUUCCAUUACAAACGGAUCAACAAAGCGCGCUCUGUGGGCUUGCAAGAUCACAAGAUUGAAGGGAUGACGGAGGAAGAAAUUUCUGAGAUGGGUGAUCGAAAUCCUAGGUUCCGCUAUGUAACCUAG